AUAAACUCCCCAGCUACUCCCGCCGGCCCCUUUCAGGAACGUCACGAUCUUCUGUUCUGUCUGCGGUUGCUCGUAAGCAAUUCUCCAUACUAUUUGGCCCUAAGUCAGACCCAGUCUUGGUUCUUCCUAUUACGUCUUCCCUCUUUCAUCAGUGAAACCCAAUUGUGUUGCUCAUCGAUCAAAAUAAACAAAGCCACUCUGCUUUUUCCUCGUUCCCUUCUCACUUCUUCUUCAUACCACCUCAGAAACUCGUCGCGGCAAGCACCCGGAUCUUGGGCCUUAAAACAGAACAAUCCUACUAUAUCAAUUAGACCUAUCUGCUCAUAAUCAUGGCGAACGAUACAAACAUGACGCACAAUAUGCCUCCUUCCGAGUCCACAAGUGUGAACACAAACAUCGUCACAUUAACUCGAUUCUUAACGGAAGAGCAAACAAAACACAAAGAAGCCACAGGUGAUUUCACAUUGCUCUGCCAUGCCCUCCAGUUCUCCUUCAAAGCCAUUUCAUACUACAUUCGCCGUGCAACUCUAGUCAACUUAACGGGUCUCGCUGGACAAGCCAACGCGACGGGUGAUGACCAGAAGAAGCUAGACGUUAUUGGAAAUGAUUUAUUCAUUGCAGCCAUGCGCUCGUCAGGCAAGUGCGCGCUGCUAGUGUCCGAAGAGGAGGAAGAAAUCAUAUACUUCCAGGACGCCACAUCUGGGGCACGAUAUGCUGUGGCAUGCGACCCAAUCGACGGUAGCUCCAACUUAGAUGCUGGUGUCUCGGUCGGCACAAUCUUCGGUAUUCACAAGCUAGCCGAGGGCUCCAAGGGUACGAAAGAGGACAUCUUAAGACCUGGUACUGAGCUACUAGCCUCUGGGUUCACCAUGUACGGUGCCUCGGCACAGUUAGUCAUCACUAUGAAAGGUGGCACUGUCAACGGCUUCACAUUAGAUAACUCGUUUGGCGAGUUUAUCCUGACACACCCUGAUAUGAGAAUCCCCAAGAAGCGAGCCAUCUACUCCGUCAACGAGGGUAACUCAUUAUACUGGGAGGAAAACACAAAGUCGUACUUCAACUCGCUGAAGCACCCCCAAGACGAUGGCAAGCCAUACAGUGCGCGUUACAUCGGUAGCAUGGUAGCUGAUGCCUACCGAACUUUACUAUACGGCGGUAUCUUCGCUUAUCCCGCCGACAAGAAGAGCCCCAAGGGCAAGCUUCGCAUUCUGUACGAGUGUGCGCCCAUGGCUAUGGUAUUUGAAAACGCUGGUGGCCAAGCCAUUAACUCGAAAAUGGAGCGGAUGCUCGAGGUCACGCCGGAGAGCAUUCACGAUCGCUCGGGUAUCUACCUAGGUAGUUACGAUGAGGUGGAGAAAGUGAAGAGCUUCCAUAAGUAGACGACAUCAGUUAGUCUGUCGUAGGUAGGCCUUCCAUGUGGGCCCCUCAGCUUAAUGGCCUAGCCAUAGAUGCAUGGCCAAGCUAGCUAGCCUGCCGGGCUAAAGGGAAGAUUGCGGCAGGGUUGGCUCAUGAUAAGACUUGACAGACCACUCUGGUUAGCAAGUCUAUGUAUGAUGUAUUCAUAUCUGAAUCAUUAAAAAAAAAGAUAUUAAUCCUGAAAAUGCCUACGUGAUCCCCGCUCAUUG